AUGAAUUCUAGCGAAUCAGAAGACCAAGACGUGAAUAUUGAAGAAGAAGAAUUGAGCAAACCCAUCAUUCUUGCCUAAGCAACUAAAGGAAUGGAAAUUUAAGUACUUUAUAAUACCAUUAUGAAAAACAGGAACAUUCAGAUCCAUUCAAUGGCACCUUUGUAUUUUUUGAUGAAGAUCACACAUUAGGAAACUCCUUGCGUUAUAUUUUAGCAAAUUAACCAAAUGUUGAAUUUUGCGGUUAUAGUUUACCUCAUCCAAGUGAAAAUAAGAUGAAUAUGCGCUUAUAAACUGUAAAUGAAACCAAAGAGAAAAUAAUGAAUGACGGAUUGAAAUGCUUAUCAUAAAUUUGCGAUAUUAUCGAAGAUAAAUUCAAAAAGGCCUUAGAAAACAAAUGA